UAAAUCGCCAUCUUGAAGCUCUUACUGCUUUCGAUGCAGCGUUCUACGCCCCUUGUUGAUAAAACGACAGUUAUCAUUUGUAUAUUUAAGAAGCUUUGUUUUCAUACAUAGGUUCAUACGCAGCCUGGCCGCUUUAUUUAAAAGCUGCUAUAACAGGCUAAAAUCAUGCAGAAGUAUGAAAAGCUGGAGAAGAUAGGAGAGGGCACCUAUGGGACUGUUUUUAAGGCUAAAAACAGGGAUACACAUGAAAUCGUGGCCCUCAAAAGAGUGAGACUGGAUGAUGAUGACGAGGGGGUUCCAAGCUCAGCUUUACGAGAAAUCUGUCUCCUGAAAGAGCUGAAACAUAAAAACAUUGUAAGGUUGCAUGACGUCCUUCACAGUGAUAAAAAGCUGACGUUAGUGUUCGAGUAUUGUGAUCAGGACUUGAAGAAAUACUUUGACAGCUGUAAUGGGGACUUGGAUCCAGAAAUUGUAAAGUCCUUUAUGUAUCAGUUACUAAAGGGACUGGCGUUCUGCCACAGUCGAAAUGUUCUCCACCGGGACCUUAAACCACAAAAUCUGCUCAUCAACAGAAACGGCGAACUAAAGCUAGCUGACUUUGGUUUGGCCAGAGCUUUCGGGAUCCCUGUACGAUGUUAUUCUGCUGAGGUGGUGACGUUGUGGUACAGACCACCAGACGUGCUGUUUGGUGCCAAGUUAUAUUCUACCUCUAUCGACAUGUGGUCCGCAGGCUGUAUAUUUGCAGAACUAGCAAACGCAGGACGUCCUUUAUUUCCUGGUAACGAUGUGGACGACCAGUUAAAAAGGAUCUUUAGGUUAUUGGGAACGCCGACAGAAGAACAGUGGCAAACUAUGAAUAAACUUCCAGAUUAUAAGCCGUAUCCAAUGUACCCCGCCACAACAUCACUUGUAAAUGUUGUCCCGAAGCUGAGCAGCACCGGCAGAGACCUGCUACAGAAUCUUUUAAAAUGUAAUCCAGUACAGCGGAUCUCAGCAGAGGAGGCCCUACAGCACCCGUACUUUGCAGACUUCUGCCCACCCUAAAUUUGAGAGCCACAGAGCAUCCCGCAGAAGUAUAAGUGGGCCGGUCUUAUCUCGCAACCUCACCCGCACCAUUCCUCCAGUUUUUUGUUCAACUUACACCUGCUAUGGCAGCAUACAAAGACCUUAAAACAAUCUUCCGUGUAUUUUGUCAUCCACAUGCACUGCAGCAUAUAUGGAUCGGAUUUUGAUAGUGGCACUCUAGCGUUGUGUUUGUAGUUUCCAGGAAAUGUUAGUUUGGUCUGGAUGAUAGAUCAAAGAUACUGGCCCUACUGUACAAGAUUCAUUUAGUUGCCAAAUGUGCAUCACAAGUCUUUAAUGGUUUACAAAGUUCUGCCGUGAAGACUGAAGGCUUUCUUGAUGUGUUUUCUUCAAAUGAACAGUGUAAUUUAAUAAGGUACAGUGCACGUACUUGAUUUCUGUUUCAAUAUAUGUGUUAUUUAAGAAUAGUUAUGUUUGCGUUCUCCUGCGUGCUGUCAUGUAAAAUUUUGAACUACGAAUCACAAGAUUUUAGCAUUGCAAGUUUUUUUAAUGCUCAGACAAUUGCAUUGACUUUAAGGGUAUUGCAAAACAAAACCUGUUUUUGUCAUAUUAAAGCGCUCGGGCACUUCCAUGUUACUAAAGGCUGUUUUGUAGGAUGCUAGUGGACCACAAAACACCCUCAACAGCUGUAACAAUAAAAACACAGCCAAGGUCUCAUUCAAAACGUUGGGAUUCCAUAGAGAGUUCAUAUAGAGUCAGACUUUCUUAGGCAGAGUUAUCUCAUCUCAGAAGUUUUCUGCUCUGAUUAGAAUAGAAUGACAUUGUUCAGCCUGUUAUAGUGAUUGUAUGUGUUAUUUUCAAGUACAGUGUUUCUCUGAAGACAUUUUGCAUUUUAGGUAAUAUGUGGUUGAACUUGACAGUUUCUCUGAACACUUUGAACAUUUUAUUUUUAUUUAUGAAAAUAGCAUCACGUUAAAAAAAGGUAGAUUUGGAAACUAGGUAAGGGACCAUUCUGGGUAGUAUUUGAGGAAGUCUGACCAUUUUUGUUUAAAUGUGAUUUUAUGAGAACAAUUUAAAAAAGGUCAAUUGUAAAACUUGGUACACGGUAAAAUCGGUGCUUAUGUCAGCAUCAGGUUGGAAGUAAUGUGCACAACAUACAAUGUUGUUACUUCACAAUAAUGUAGCAAGACUCGGUUUGUAACUUUACAUGAAGGCAGUAAAAAUGGCUUUAAAAAUGGUUUAUUAAAACGUUUUCUAUAAACAAAAAGUCUUAUAAAUAUUAUUUCGCAGAUCUCGUUACUUUUUAAGCAUCCCGCAAAAAAACCCUUCACAUCAUUUCUAUUAAAAUGGGGCCUAAGUGGUUAAUGUGAUGCUUUUGCUUUGAUUUGAUGACUGAAAGAAAUAGUGCUUCACAAUGCCACAAAAUGUUCUUUGUAGUGAAAAAAGGUUCUUUAGAUUAUAAAGAAGUAAGAAACUUCCGGGAAAUGGUUCUUCUAUGCCAUCCUUUGUAGCAUGCUUUUUUUUUUAGUUUACUACAGAGAGACACUGUGUGCAGUAGAACAACGUUAAUUUUUAACUGUUAAGAACAUACGAACUGGGUCUGAGAUUGUUUAUUAACGUGUGAAUGGAAGGACCAGUUUUUUUUUUUUUUGAUAAAUGGAUGACUUGAGUAAAUAAAGAACAAACAGCCAAUAGAAGUUUAGAUGUGAACUUGUUCAACACUAUUUAAAAAGCAUCUCAUGAUGAGAACUAAAGAAGCUCGAAAAAAGGAC